GUGGACAACCGUUUAUAAAAUCUCGGUGCAAUAUGAGCGAUGCGUUAACGUCAAUAUCAACUUUGUGAUCGUCUUUUUUAUUUAGUAUUACAAAGGUUCUUUUAUUUUACUCUUUGAUACCCGCUCCUAGCCAGGAGUAACUCAGGUUUAUUCUGCUUGCUACCAUGUUUUCGCCCUCUCAUAUCUUUACAGCUAUCAUACACAAACCAGUAUGGAGUCGGAAACCAAUUAUGAACCCCUCGAUGAGGAUUUAAGCGACACAGAGCAAGUCGGAAACUUGGAAUUGGGAGACGAUGUUCUGUUACCGCCACUUGACGAGCAAUACGUUGCUGAUCAAACCGACGCAUCUGGCAGCGUGUAUAGUGAGAAGGAGGAUGAAACAGACCAAGACAACGAGGAUUCUUCCCUGAAAAGACGCGGUGAGGAAGACUUAGCCCCGAGACUCUUCAAAAGACAGAAAGGAGUUCUCAACACCGAAUACUUGGAUCUUCUCAAUAGAGAUAUUGAAGAUGCAGCCCAGCGUGUCUGCUUUACCGACGAUAGCGAAGAAACCGUUCUGUAUCCAAGCCAAAUGGGUCUCACUUACUGGUCGAUACCGGAGAAGAAAAUCUUCUUCGAAGCGAUCGCUCGUCUUGGUCAGAGUGAUCUUCCAGGUAUUGCAUCCCGGAUAGGCACCAAGAGCGAGAUCGAGGUGAAUCAUUACCUCGACGUGCUCCGAAGAGCACGGCUUCUUAGACAACGACAAGUCAGACGCCCCGCUAUUGAAUUCCCGGAGAUCCCAGCCGCCGUAGAACUAAGUCAGCAAUGUUGCCACGCCUUGGACGAGGCUGCAGAUGCUAUUUCUGUGCGCCAGGAACGAAAGGAGGAACAGCGAGAGGAGAGCAAAUGGGGAGACUGCUGGGAUAUCAGCCCAAGGAUUGCUCGCCGAAUAGACAAGGGCGAAACCGUCGUCGAAGGCCAGGAUCUUCCUUUCUCCAAGCUAUUCAACCUGCAUACGUGGCUAAGACUCUCUGAGCGUAUCUUUAUGAAUUCCUCCAUUCCUAGUGAGAACUGGGAUUCUAUCGACAACAGGCCUCCCUCGAUAUGGGCCACUACGUUCGAAGACUUUCACUCUUUGGCAGUCUCAAUUACGAAACGAUUGGUUCAAACAACGAUAUUUCUCAGCGAGUCAAGAAUCAGGGCCAAAAAGGAACUCGUAACAACUACUCGCGAAAUCAUCAGAGCACAAGAUGUGGAAGCAGCCGUAUCGUCCCUGGGAUUGAAUCAUAAUUCCCAUCAGUUUUGGAACCAAUGCGCACGAAGACUACGACUUGAGGUCCAUGAGGAGCCGCCCCAGCGUGAGGAGGAAGGAGAACGUGAACCUCUUAGCUAUGAAGAAGUGGAAACCCUUCUUUCUAACGGCGGCGAUGAGGCUGACCAAGCAUUUGAAGCGCCAUCUGACGUAGAUGAAGUCGCCAACUCUUCUGGAAACGAGGCCCUGAGCUCUGAUUUCGAGGAGCCCGUCUCACAUUCGAACGAAGAGGAUGCUGCUAUCGCACGGGAGGCCAACGAGGUUUUGCUCUUCUCGGCCGCCGACUUCCCAGAAACGUAUCGGAAGAAAGAGACUCUCAAGAACCGCAUCGCAAGUGAGCGGCGACAGGAGCAAUAUGCCGAAGAACGCGACCAGUACGUCAGCUGGCAGGCUGAGACUGAGAUGUGGGAUCUACUACAGAAGAAACCUCUGACUGAACUACCUAGGAUACCAGAACCGGGUCCGUUGCAACGGUCAACUAUGGAUGUGGAGAGUAUCUUUCCCAUAGGAAGGGAUUGGAGAACCACGAUAAAGUACCGCAGCGAGUGGGAAAGAGAAUAGGAGACAAUACCUGAUGCUAGCCAGUGAAAGGGCAUUAGAGCUCGGAAGCUCGCUUUUUAAUGUGAAUAAAAUACUUAUUAUGACUCCCAUGUCUAAGGGUAUCUGAACCGCCCCAUCUAUCGUUUGCAUCAUACCAGUUAAUUCUCAA